AUGUAAAAGUUAGUUAUCGUUUUAGGUUUAUUAGCUGUUUUAUGUGCAGCCCACUCCUUCAAGCAAGGAGGUGCAGUUAAGUAAUUAACUGUUGACGAUUUCACCGCUGUUACUGGUAUUGGUUCUGGAAAACUUACAAAGAAUACUUUCGGUAUGUUCUACGCUCCUUGGUGCGGUCACUGCAAGAAACUUAUUCCUACUUAUGAUGAAUUCGCUGAAAAGGCUACUGAUAUCAAUGUUGUUGCUGUUGACUGCACAACCAACAGAGCCAUCUGCGAUUAAUUAGAUGUUAAGGGAUAUCCCACUUUACUUUACUUCACCACUGAAAACAAGCAAAUUAAGUUUAAUAAGCCUAGAACUCUCGAAUCUCUCUAAAGUUUCGUUUCUAAUGAUUACAAGUAAGAAACUGGUGUUGAUAUCACUUUCUAGACCGUUUCUGGUGGCAGUUCUGCUCCUAGCUCUGGUAUUUCUGCUUAAGUUCAUAAAUUCAUUGACUCAGUUGGUGGUCCCACUGUUUUCGGUGUUGGUGUUCUUGGUGCCUUCGUCCUCUUGGCUGUUGUUUUAAGUUUCAUGUGUGGUGGUUCUGAUGAUAAGAAAGAAUAAACCACCCGUUAAUCUGACGAAGAUAAUGCUAAGAAAUCCAAGAAAAGAGAAUGA